CACAUCCAAUAUGGCCACCCGCAAGAUGCGAUCGCUCCUGGAGGGCACCGGAGAAACGUCUACAGUAGAGCGAAUGCGAAAUCAGUGAAUGUGACCGAAAGACUCUGAACUGUAAAUCGCGAGAUUAUCUCGACCCCACGAUGGCCGGCAACGGCGAAGUCUUGGAGGGAUUUAUAUGUCCCAUAUGCAUGACCGACUUUAAAACGCCCAGCCACUUAACGAAGCAUUUCGAAGAAAUCCACAAUGACGAUCCGGAAAUUUUAAGAUCGCUGAAAGACCUGUUUGGCAAAGCCAAGAAGAAGAUCUUGAAGCAAGAUGAUAUGCCGGAAACUUUUCCAAGUGCAAUAGCACAGGGCAAGAGGCAAAGCCCUGAAAUUAAUUGGGGACCACAAGAAAUAGGUGCACUUACAUCUCAUACAAGAUAUUUUAAGGACAUUAGAAACGCUCGAUUAGAGAGAUACACGUAUGAAACAAAUAAACUUCUCAUAAGGCUAGAUAAAUUAUUAAAUAAUUUACCGUCGGAUCCUGUCGACAGGAAAGCUCAUGAACGCACCAUCGUGCCGUGGAUCGAUGAAAAAGAUGUGAAACUAUGUCCCAAUUGUGCUAAGAGCUUUCACCUGGCGAGAAGAAAACAUCAUUGCAGACUGUGUGGGGCGGUCAUGUGCCAUAAUUGUACAUUAUUCCUGUCUCUAGUUAACGCGCGAAAAAUGACCAGUCCCGCGUCAGUGCAGGAUGAUUCCGCUUUGCCUCCCACAUCAGAACGAGCCUUCUCAGAGAGGAUAGUACGUGCGGGCGUUGGUCUCAAGAAGCUGGCACGUUCGCCUUCCAGUGGUAGUUUGAACAGCGUUCUAUCGUUGGUCAAUGAUCCUGCUAGUGGCGAGCAACACUUUCGAGUUUGCACGCACUGCAUGAACCUGCUCGACGCACGGGAAAUGCUGAAAGCGAAGCAGUUCGACAAACCGAUCGUCUGUCAGUUCUACGAGAAGAUGCGGGCUUACAUGAAGGAGGCCACGAAGCACUCGGCGAUGUACAAUAAAAUGUGGGAGUCAUUGAAAGAAGGAGAGACCAUGUACGAUUUGGAGGAUGCUCAAACGUUGCGACUGAAGCUAGCAAAGCUGGGCGAGAACAUAGACGCGACCAGUAAGAGGAUUCUGAUACUCGGCGCGCCGAAAGACACCGAAGAAGCUGCUCCGCAGGGACAAGAACAGAGGUUGUAUCAGAUGGUCAGAACGUCGGCGAUGAUAUUUCUGAAGGAAGAGCUGUUGACUUUGCAACCUUUACCCACGCCGGAAGAGUAUGCAGUUCUGCAAGAAGAACGUCAGAAGAGGAUAGAGGCUCGGAUAGCGUAUGAGCGACAGUUGGAGGAAGAACAGCGAGAGAAGCCGAAGGAGCAACGUAAGAGGGAAACAUGGAACUUGGACAGCGGACCUUCUCUGAAAGUUACUCAGCCGAUAGUGACACAGUCUCAAGGCUGGGGCCCGUCCAGCGUCGCACCUAUCAUGUCUUCUUCUAUGGACCCGUUGAUUGAACAAAUGAGCAAUCUUCACGCGUACAUCAAACAAGCCCGGGCAGAUUGCAAGUACGACGAAGUCGCGACUUUAGAGAGCAAUCUUCGAGAGCUUCAAAGUGCCUACUUUGCUAUGAAACAGAGUACCAGUAGCGACAAUUAAGCAUACAGGCAGCACGCUUCUUACAGCUUGUCCAACGACAAAUUCUAUUAUAGUAAAAUACAUUUCCUAUUAAUUUGCAAAGUAUUUAAUAAGUUCUACAUGUGUCCUUCCUAUAUGUGUGUUUUAAUAUGUUACAAAACACACUAGUAUACAUAGCAGCAAGAGAAAGAUUUAUAUAAGGAAGAUUAUUAUGAAUGUAUAAAGUUAUAUCACUAUCUCGUGUACUUUGUAUAGUAGAUUUUUGUAUUUAUCCGUUUGCGAUAAUAAAGUUAUACUUUUUUUCUA